AACUCCCUUUCCAAAGUCGACGACGCGUCCGCACGCACAAUAGCUGAUUUGAAGGCUUUCCUAAUUUCGAAGACCAAGUACAUAGCACAGCUCGAGCAGGAGCUGGAGGCCAGGAAUAAUAAGGUUCCCAGUGGACCUAUGGGGGAGGUGACUAGAGUGGCUAAGAUCAAGGCGGUAUUCGUUUGGUCAAGAGUCCCCACGGCGAGUCGAUCAAAAGGCUGA